AUGUCGGAAUUUAUUCAGACCAUUCAGCUUGGAGAAGUUGAAAAGAAGCCAAAGCCUAAAAACAAGAAAAAACAGGCACCCGUGUACAAGAAAAAUAGGAAGUCCGAGCAGAAGGAUUCCAAAGCGAUAUGUGACAAAGUAGGAGCCCGAGGACAAAAUGGCGAGCCACCGAAGAAAUCCCGGAGGGUUGAAAAGGACAGGUCGUUCAUCAUUGUCGGGGUAGACUUCGGCACAACCUUUUCAGGGGUGAGCUGGCAGAUUUCUCGCAGUGAGACCAUCAAUGUUCAUACAUUGAAAAACUGGCCCAACGGCUCCGGAAAUCUAGAAAAAGUGCCUUCGAUCAUAUCUUACGAUAAAGAAGCAACAGAAGGCAAGAUCUGUUGGGGCUAUGAGGUUGAACCUCGCAUGCUCUCUUCGACCUGGUUCAAAUUGCUUUUAGUCCAAGAUGCUGCAACUGGAGAACAUGACGACCCUCUUCUCCGGAAAUGCGUCGGGGAGAACUUUAUGAAGACCAUUUUGGAUCGCUCUCCAGAAGACAUUUGCCGGGACUACCUUCGGUGUUUGUAUAACUACAUUCUGGAAAGCCUGGUGGGUCACACAGGACCUAAUACUGUUCAAAACACGGGUAUCCAUUUCGUACUUUCAAGCCCGGCAGCCUGGAGAGAUGCCGAGAGGGAUAGAAUCAAGAUCGCGGCUGAAAAGGCCGGAUUUGCCUCUCGGGAGGGAGACAAGCUGUCCCUUGUAUCUGAACCUGAGGCCGCGGCUCUGGCUGCUUUUGAAGAGAACAAAGCGUUCCUCGAACAGAGUGGUAGCUCUCUAGAGAAAGGCUCAUUGGUCAUUGUCACUGAUAUGGGCGGUGGUACAGUGGAUCUAAUCACGUACCGGAUUACGAAACUGCAACCGUUAAAGAUGGUCGAAGCCACGGUGGCUACCAGCGGAAAAUGCGGCUCUACCACAAUCGACAGGGCGUUCCAUAAAUGGUUGGAGGAAAGGUUUGGCGACAAGUUCACAGGUCUGCCUUCGACCAUCGUUGGGUCAGGUUCGAAGGUCAUGAGGGAAUUCGAAGACGUCAAGAGACGCUUCAAUGGCAAUGACAGAGACGAGUUUCGCGUCACUCUUGCCAUGAAAGACCAAAAAAGCUGUGCAAACUAUGAUUCAGACCACGGGGAAGUCAUCAUCUACAGGUAUGAGUUACAAGAGAUGUUCAGCGGAGUGAUUGACAACGUCCUCCAGUUGAUUCAGGCUCAGAAAAACCUAGCGGAACAGGAAAAGGAUGGUGGCAAAGUUACGGGGGUUAUCCUGUGUGGCGGGCUGGCCCAGUCUUCUUAUGUCUACAACAAGAUCAAUCAAUUCUGCAAGGAAUUCAGCCCAGCAGUUGAGGUCAUACGACCCUCCAACGCCUGGUCUGCGAUCACUCGGGGAUCCGUGUUACGAAUUCUGCAGCCUCGCGUGGCGUUGAGAAAAAACCUGAGGAGCUAUGGGAUAGCCAUGCACCGGCAAUUCAUUGAAGGGGAGGACUCUGAAGAGGAUGCCUUUUACUGUCCGAUGGGAGGCAAGCGGGCUCGCAAUGUCAUGUUCUGGCAUGCUAAGAAAAAUAACUCUGUUAAAGAUGGUCAAACGGUCUGGAUUGACGGGUACUACAUCUUCAGCCGGACAGAUCAUGUAGUCAACAGGAUGCAAGUCUAUGCCAGUGAGCUCGACAAUCCACCCUCUAGAUUGAACAGCAAAGACGUCUACCAGGUUGGAUCCCUCGAUAUGAGUCUCGAGUCAAUAACUUCUGCCGUAGGAGGAGGAAAGAGACCCUACAAAGUUGUGCCCAAGACCAAGGACAAAGAGGUCAAAGUCCGAAUCGGCCACGUCAUCAAUUCGCACACAGAUGCGAUGCAUUUCGUCGCCAAGAUUGGCACCCGGGCCAUCGGAUCUUUGAAGUUGAAAUACAGUGAGACACUGAACUCCACUGCUGACGAGACAGUCAAAUGUGAGGAGCAAGUCCUGGAUAUGGCUGACGAUAGCCUGAGCGACUCAGACGAGGAGAAGGAAGAGGAUGGAGCGGAGGAAGGGGUCGACGACGGUUCUGAAGAGAGUGACGACGAUAGUCCACUCUUUUUGCAAAGAUGUGACUCAGGUCACUCCUAG